GGGAAAGGCAGUGGGAGGUUGUGAGGAGGGGAAGAGGGUUUAAAAAGGGGGUGAGGGUUUGGACCUUGUUUUUGUUUUGGGGGGUGGGGAGGGGGGUCCCCUGUGAACAGCCCCAAAAGGGGGUGACAGGCUGAGGGAUGCCCUGGUGCCCACAGUAUGGCCAACCUGUACCAGAGCACCGAGUCCUCCUCUCCCAACAAGUAUCUGGCCCUGAAGGACGUGAGGGAAGUCAAGGAGGAGACCACCAUCGACGAGAAGCUCUUCCUCUUGGCCUGUGAGAAAGGAGAUUAUUACAUGGUGAAAAAGCUGCUGGACGAGAAGACUGGCGAGCUGAAUAUUAACUGUGUGGAUGUCCUCGGGCGCAAUGCAGUCACCAUCGCAAUUGAAAAUGAGAAUCUGGACAUCCUACAGCUUCUCUUGGAUCACGGCUGUCAGACUACAGAUGCUCUUCUGGUGGCGAUCGGCUCUGAGGUUGUUGGAGCUGUUGACAUUCUUCUUAAUCAUCGUCCCCGGCGUUCGUCCAAGCCAACCAUAGCGAAGCUGAUGCAGAGAAUCCAGAACCCCGAGUACUCCACCACAAUGGACGUGGCUCUCAUCCUGGCCGCUCAUCGUAAUAACUACGAGAUCCUGACGAUGCUGCUCAAACAGGACGUGUCGCUCCCCAGGCCUCACGCUGUCGGCUGCGAAUGCACCCUCUGCAAUGCCAAGAACAAGAAAGACAGCCUGCGCCAUUCUAGAUUUCGACUUGACAUCUACCGCUGCCUGUCCAGCCCGUCAUUGAUCAUGCUCACAGAGGAAGAUCCUAUCCUAAGGGCCUUUGAGCUCAGUGCGGAUCUGAAGGAGCUGAGCCUUGUGGAGGUGGAAUUCAGAAACGAUUACGAGCAACUUGCACAACAGUGCAAAACCUUUGCAAAAGACCUCUUGGCCCAGGCCCGCAAUUCCCGGGAACUGGAGGUGAUCCUUAAUCAUACGUCCAGCGAUGAGCCCAUCGACAAGAGAGGAUUGCUGGAGGAGAGGAUGAACCUCAGCCGCCUUAAACUAGCAAUUAAGUACGACCAGAAGGAGUUCGUGGCUCAGUCCAAUUGCCAGCAGUUCCUGAACACAGUCUGGUUCGGGCAAAUGGCCAGCUAUAGGAGGAAGCACACCUGUAAGAAGAUUCUGAUUUGUCUGACGGUCGCUGCUCUGUGGCCAGUCUUGUCCCUGUGUUACCUACUGGCGCCAAAGUCUCGAGUGGGGAAAGUCAUUCACACACCAUUUAUGAAGUUCAUCAUCCACAGUGCUUCAUACUGCACCUUUCUACUGUUACUGAACCUAUACUCCCUGGUGUACAACGAAGAUGAGAAGAACACAAUGGGCCCUGCACUAGAGAUGAUUGACUACCUCCUGAUUAUAUGGAUAUUUGGAAUGGUGUGGUCAGAUAUGAAGCGAUUGUGGUACGAAGGUUUGGAAGAUUUCCUCGACGAAUCUCGGAAUCAGCUCAGUUUUGUCAUGAACUCCUUAUAUUUAGCAACCUUUGCCCUCAAAGUUGUGGCUCACAGUAAGUUCCACGCAAUAGGAGACAGGAAGAAUUGGGACGCUUUCCAUCCCACUUUAGUGGCUGAAGGUCUGUUUGCCUUUGGCAAUGUUCUCAGUUACCUUCGUCUCUUCUUCAUGUACACAACCAGCUCCAUCCUCGGACCACUGCAGAUUUCCAUGGGACAAAUGCUGCAAGAUUUUGGGAAGUUCCUGGGAUUGUUCCUGCUUGUGCUGAUCUCUUUCACCAUUGGCCUGACCCAGCUGUUUGACAAGGACUACUUGACGGCACAAAACAAGGACUGUGGGGCGAUCUCCUGUGAACAGCAGAGUAACAACAACAUCUUUCACUCGUUUAUCGGCACUUGCUACGCCUUGUUCUGGUACAUCUUCUCGCUGGCACACGUGGCUCUGUUUGUCACCAGGUUCAGCUACACAGACGAACUGCAGUCCUUCGUGGGAGCCGUUGUCAUCGGCACCUACAAUGUGGUGGUCGUCAUUGUCCUGACCAAGCUGCUGGUGGCCAUGUUGCACAAGAGCUUCCGGCUGAUAGCUAACCAUGAGGACAAGGAGUGGAAGUUUGCACGUGCGAAGCUGUGGCUGAGCUAUUUCGAUGACAAGUCCACCUUGCCCCCACCUUUCAAUAUCAUUCCCUCCCCGAAGACAAUCUGUUAUCUAUUCACGAGCCUCAACAAGUGGAUUUGUUCCCGCACCAGCGUCGGCAAGGUGAAAAGGCAAAACAGUCUCAAAGAAUGGAGGAACCUGAAGCAUAAACGUGAUGAAAACUACCAGAAGGUGAUGUGUUGCUUGGUUCAUCGUUACCUGACCACCAUGCGGCAGAAGAUGCACAGCACAGACCAAGCGACGGAGGAGAACCUGGGGGAACUGCGGCAGGACCUCUCAAAGUUCCGCAACGAAAUGAGAGACCUUCUGGGUUUCAGGACAUCCAAAUACGCCAUGUUCUACCAACGCAACUGACCCGCAAUGUGGCUUCAGCGUGUAGCACUCACCGCUUUCGAGUUCUUUAACUUGUAACGUAGCACUACAUCAAUUUCUGCACCAGUGAUGUAUAGCAACAGUAUGAAGUAUCCAUUUUUUAAUAUAUAUAUAUAAAAAAACUUGUGAAAAAGCAGCAACACCAACAAUUGUUAUUUUACUGUCACUCUGUUUACUUUGGCUCAUGCUUCCGCACUUGUUUUUUUUCCCCCCCCCACUUCAAACAACAAAAGAAAACUUUGGAACUUCUGACCCUUAUACCCUCAAGCUAUAUUGUUUUAUCAGUGGCUGAAAAUUUGAAAAAUGCAACCAUUUGACACGUCGGAAGGUCAGUGAGUUAGAUUGAAGUCAAUGCCCUUAUCUUGUGUACAAUCUAUAUGUACACAUGGUGUUCAGGUGUUUGAUCCGUCAGUUGUCAGAAUAUUUCUGUUUACCUUCCAUUAGUUAAGAUCAUUAAAGAUUUUUCUUAAAAAAAAGGUGCAUUCCUUCCUCUACAUGAGAUUUAGGGUGGAGCAGCAAAGGGAAGGGCAAUGCUGACAAAUAGAAUGAUUUUUCAGUU